UUCCUUCAUACCAAUUGAUAUUGAAUCUACUGCCAUUGAGAGACGUACGUGCAUUAAGUAAACAAACCAAAUCUACUAAAAGUAGAUUUCAAUAUAACGACAAGUAACGUGCAACAUUUGACAAGUGUGAUGAACAUUUCUUAAUCCAAUUGUUGCCGUUCCAGACAUCGUUGAAGCUGCGAAAGAUGCAGAUAUUCUUAUUUUCGUAAUACCUCAUCAAUUCAUACGAACAUUGUGUGCGACAUUGCUCGAUAAAAUUAAACCAACCGCAAUUGGUGUAUCAUUGAUCAAGGGUUUCGAUCGAGGAGAUGGAACGAAUAUUGAGCUAAUCUCUAAGAUCAUUGAAAAGAAUUUAAGAAUCCAGUGUUACGUUUUAAUGGGAGCAAAUUUAGCUAAUGAAGUUGCCGAGGGGAAGUUCUGUGAAACAACUAUUGGCUGUAGAGACAAACGUUUGGCACCAUUACUGAGGGACCUUAUACAAACUCCCAAUUUCAGAGUUACGGUCGUCGAAGACUGUGAGGCAGUUGAAGUAUGUGGCGCCUUAAAGAAUAUUGUGGCAUGCGCCGCUGGUUUCAUAGAUGGUAUAGGACUGGGUGACAAUACGAAAGCAGCGGUAAUCAGAUUAGGAUUAAUGGAAAUGGUCAAGUUUGUAGACACAUUUUACACUGGCUCGAAACUUUCAACAUUCUUUGAAAGUUGCGGUGUAGCCGAUUUGAUAACCACCUGCUACGGUGGAAGAAAUCGCAGAGUCUGCGAACAAUUCGUUAAAACUGGCAAAACCAUCAGACAGCUGGAAGAAGAACUUUUAGGUGGUCAAAAGUUGCAAGGUCCAGCUACAGCUGAUGAAGUCCAUGGAAUGUUGAAAGCUAAAAAUUUACUAGAAAAAUUCCCAUUAUUCACUGCUGUGCAUCGUAUCUGCACUGACCAGAUAAGACCAGCAGAUUUAAUUGACCAAAUUCGUAAUCAUCCUGAACAUGUGUUUGCGCCAAAAACGUUGUACAUGUACUGAAUACUGUUCCCAUAUUUCUUUUCCCUUUUUUUUUAUAUCUUUUUGUAACAAGAAAGUAUUAAAAUUGUUCUUAACAAAUUCGAAAAACCCAUUUAUAUCGGGAUAAGAUGCUGUAUAAUACAAAAACAUAGAAAGUACAGUGACAGCUUACUAAUACAUUCAAUCAAUAUACAAGGAUAACAUUCCAUAUAAGAUGAAGAUCGCAGGUGCGGAGUAACUGGAGGCUGAAAGUUACUGAAUAAACAUCUCAACAAUUCGAAAAAGACCUUAGAAAUCAUUAAAUCAUAACAUAAAACACGAUCAAUUAUUAGAAAAAAUGUAAUGUUGCAAAUAUUUCGCAAUGAUUAACUAUAAUUGGUUAUUGUUUUUCCUCGACAAUUAAUAUACAAUUGUACUAUAAAUACGGAAUAAAAUACCAAACUUUGUUCUUCUAGAAUAAUUCGUAAUUUUUGUGACAAAUCUUUCAAAAUAAUCGCUGCACAUAACAUCAUAGAAAAUUUCUGUAAUCGGAAACGCUGGGAGUGCGUCACGAAUCUCCCAAAUUUCAAUGCAAUCUUGCUCCUUAAACUACAUAAAAGAUUCAAAGUGCCAAAUUAAUUACAGAAACAUAUUUCUUUAUAAAAUGAAUUUCUCUUUUUAUUCUAGACUUAAUGAACUUAUUACGAAAUUGAAAUAUAUUUUAUAUUUACAAUUAUUACUUUGGUUUAUCUUUUGAAAUAGAUGUAUCUGCAUUUUUAUUACUAGUAUCACAUUCCUCAUUCUUGUAAGGUACACUGUCUACCAAUUUAUCAGGUGUAAGACGUAACGUAGAUUAUCUCCCAUGCCUUUAAUGUAAAAUAUUAUUGACAAAUAUGACGAAACUCUCUAUUUUAAUCCUAAAUAUAAUUUAGCAGAGUCGAAUCUCUGAAUUAAAAAAUUUAGUUAAAUGUUAGGUUAGGUGCAUUCCCAUUUGAGGCAGCACUGGUAGAUUCACAUUGUUAAUAUAUCUGUUUAAAUAUGUAUAAACAUUGCCUCUUAUUAAUUAUUAAAUUAUUACUAGAUAAAACUUACAUGUCUCAAAAUAUUAAAUUACCAAUUUCUUAAAAUUAUUGUUUUUAUAAAAUGUAAUUUUUUAUGUAUGUUCUUUUUUUUUUAUAAUGCGAAUCUAUAAUUUAACCUACUUUAAAAUGUAUUGAAAUAUACAUAUGCAACAUAAAUAUGUGUGUAUAUAAAAUGUAUAUAUAUACGUAUAAGCACAAACCAUAUUAUCAAAAUAUGAUUGGAAUAAAAAUUUUAUAUGUACUAAUAUGAAUCAGAUGUUAGUAUAUGUACGCGGUGUAGAUUUUAAGAAACGCGAUAGAAUGCAAACAUAUAUAAAAGACAAUAUUCUGUUUGAAAUUUAAUAUAAUUAAGAAAAUAAUAUUUAUCAAUAAAUAAAUUAUUAUAUUCUGUUUGGAAUUAAAAAUAUAAUGAACAAAGAAUGUCCAAGUUGCAGACAAAUAACAAAUACAUCACGUACAAGACUUGUAAAAGAUAAUUGUGGACACAUUAAAUGUCGCAUGUGUUUAAUAUAUGAAGAACAAGGUUGCAAAAUUUGUAUAAAUGAGCACUGUGUACAAAAUAUCGGAAAUUAUGAUUGCCCUCCUUCUGAGAAAAAAAUAUUAAAUGAUAUUUCUACUUCUGAUAAAGGUAAUGCAUGUAAUGACAUAUUACCUUUAGAAUUAGUUAUUAAUAAAGAUUCUAAACUUAAGAACACUGAAUUAAUUUCUGUUGAUUAUAUAAAUAACUAUGAAUUAUACCCUAAAGAUGUAUUUAAUAAAGCAAAGGAACAUAAAUCUCCAACAGAAAUUGAAAAUGAUGAUAUGUCAAACAAAUACAUUUCAAACGUGAAAUCUAACAAUAUACUUUUAAAUGUAUAUCCUCGUUUAAGUAAUAAUAUAAUAGUAAAAUCACCUAGCAAUAAAACAUCAGAAAUUUGCAAUGGGGAGAUUAAAACAGAAUAUCCGACAAAAAACAAACUAAAAAAUAAGCCAAUAAAAUGUCAUGAUCGUAAUCAUAUUAUCGUGAUACCAGGAACACCAGAAAAAUAUAAAUGCAAUAUAUGCAGCAAAAUUUUUCGAAACAAGAAAGGAAAAUGUUAUCAUGAUGCUUGUAUAACAGGUGUCAAACCGUAUCAAUGUUCUUUUUGCGACAGAAGUUUCAUCAAAAGGUCUCACUUUGAAUACCAUGAAAGAAUUCACAAAGGAUACAAGCCAUAUAAAUGUAAUCUUUGUGACAAAGCAUUUCCUCAACAAAAUAAGCUUAAUAGACACAUGUACUCACAUGGAGAAAAACAAUUUACGUGUCCUAAAUGUGAUAAAAGAUAUUCCAAGCAAGAUGACUUAAAAAAUCACUUAGAUGUACAUAAUGAAACAACCACAUAUUCUUGCACAGCAUGUGAAAAGACUUUUAAAAUGUUAACUAAUUUAAAACGCCAUCUAAAAACACAUACUAAUGAAAGACCAUAUGUAUGUGACCAAUGCAAUAAGAGCUUUAAAGAUAAAUCUUUAUUAAUUCGUCAUAAAAAAACACAUGGAAAGGAUAGGCCAUUUUCAUGUGCACAUUGUAGUAGAGUAUUUUUGUCUAAAAGUGAAUUAAGGCGUCAUUUAACAGUUCAUUCAGACGAGAAACCAUUUUCUUGCAAAUACUGCGAAACUGUAUUUAGGAGAAAAGAUAAUUUACAUAGACAUAUUAGACAUCAUCACCCAGAAAGUCCAUCAUUUAAUAAUGAUAAAGUACAGAAUACGGUUUCUGAAACAAAAUUAAUAAAAUCCAAACAGAUAAAUUUUAAACAAAAGCAAACGACAAAAAAAACACAAAAAAUUGUUUCUAAUUUAUUACCAAAAACUCCAACUAAAGUAUCAGUAGUUUGUAUAAGUUCAUGUGACCAAAUCAGUUCUAGAUUAGAUUCAAUGGGUAAUAUCACACCUGUUAUAAGAACUACUAAUGAAGUAAGUAAUGCAGUUUCUGUUAUCAAUGGACCAAUUAAUAUUAAAAAUCUAGAUGAUAAAUCUGAUACCAAAAGAAAGACAUUUACAUAUACAGAACCAAUACCUCUUGCUGAAGCAGUGGUAAUAAAUAAACGUAUUGAGGAAAAGUUAUAUCCACAAAACGCAUCAAGUCAUAAUUACUUUCUCAGAAAUUGUUUGAAUUGUACAGAUAAAUAAUUUUCUAGCCUGUAAAUCAAACAUCUCGCACAAAUUCUAAUCAAUAAUAUUCAAAUUAGAAAAUUUAACCAGAAUUUAUGUACAAUAUGAAACAACAAAUUUAUAAGGAAAAGAUGUAAAAAAGAUGAAGAUAAUGGCAAAUAAGAAAGUGAAUAAAAGUAAUAUUAAAAAAAUAUAUUAUAUCAAAAACAAACACAUUUUAGAAUAAAGUAUCAUUUUAUAGCAAUUUAUAUACAUUAUUAUAUACAAUAUACAAAUAUGAACAUACAGUGAUACACAAGAUGUGGUUGAAAAUUAUAUACGAGUUGAUAUGAUAUAAUUUUGAAUAUUAAAUAUUUCACUGCCAGAAGAUCAAGGAUCAAAUAAAAGAAUAAAAGUAAAAUAUAAUAAAAUCAUUGUUGUUUCAAUUUUUUAAAAAUACAUACCCUUUUGGAUAUUAUAUAUCAUAUAAUGUCUGUCAGUUUUAUUUAAAUAUUGUAAUUCUUAAAAUGUAACAUAGAGAUAAUAAAAAUAAUUGUUAUAUAAUAUAA